AUGAAUCAAUGCUCUUUUCUCUUGUUGGUGAUUCUUCUUCUAUGUGUUGCUUCCUCCAACUCAAAUGAGGUUGUGGAAGUAAAUGUAAUUUGUAAAGAAACAUUCAAACCUUCAUUUUGUUCAAAACUUCUCAACUCAAAACCUGGUGGAGCAAAAGGUGCAGAUCUGGUUAACCUUGCACAAUACACAAUUGAUGUGCUUCGUGUCAAUUUGACCAAUACUGUGAACCUAAUCAAUAAAUUGAUUUCACAAGGUGAUGGUAAGGCUAAGGCAAGAAAACAUUAUGAUACUUGUUUGCUAGAUUUGGGUCCCUAUGGUACUAGUGCGUCUGUACAUUUGGUUGAUGCAGAUUUUUUUUUGAAGAGAGGAGAGUAUAGAAAUAUGGCUGCGUCUACUGCUUUACUUAUGCAAAAUAUUCUUCAUUGUAAAAAUGAUCCUAAAGAUUAUUAUUAUCAUGAUGAUGAUUAUCAUAGUGAUAAAUCUUUACUUUCAAAAUAUGUUGAUGUUAUUAUGAAAAUUGGUCAAGUACUUGAUAUUAUAUCGAAGUAUUUAAAUCUUGGAUGA